AAAACCCUAGCUUCCUCCUCCAUUUCUUCACAAGCAGCAACCUAGGGUUAGCAGUGUGUGUGUGUGUGUGUUAGAGAGAGAAAGAGGAGAGAGAAAAUGGUAUCAGGUUCAGGGAUCAGUGCAAGGAGGAUAGUGGUGGAUGCUCGCCACCAUAUGCUUGGAAGGCUAUCUUCAAUUUUGGCGAAAGAGCUUCUCAAUGGACAGAGAGUUGUUGUUGUUAGGUGUGAAGAGAUUUGCCUUUCCGGUGGACUUGUUCGCCAGAAAAUGAAGUAUCUUAGAUUCCUUCGUAAGAGAAUGAAUACAAAGCCCUCUCAUGGUCCAAUCCAUUUCCGUGCUCCUUCUAAGAUCCUUUGGCGUACAAUCCGUGGGAUGAUUCCCCACAAGACCAAGCGUGGGGCUGCUGCACUUGCCCGCUUGAAAGUUUAUGAGGGUGUCCCACCCCCAUAUGACAAGAUUAAGAGGAUGGUCAUUCCCGAUGCUCUAAAGGUAUUGAGGCUCCAAGCAGGACACAAGUACUGUCUCUUGGGCAAGCUUUCAUCAGAAGUCGGAUGGAACCAUUAUGAUACUAUCAAGGAUCUCGAGAACAAGAGGAAGGAGAGAGCUCAGGUAGCAUACGAGAGGAGAAAGCAGUUGGCGAAACUUAGAGUUAAGGCUGAGAAAGCUGCCGAGGAGAAGCUUGGACCUCAACUCGUUGUUAUUGCUCCAAUCAAAUAUUGAAUUGGGACAUAGUUAUUUGAAGUACAAUUUUGUUGAAGAUCGAUAAUUCAUCUUAAUCUCGACCUUUUUCUAGUUACGUUGUCCUCCUGAGUGGUUUAUUUUCAGUUUACCAGCUAACUCUUUAUCUUUCAUUGUUUUUGGUAAUGAAAUUGAAUGUCAUGCUUUUAGUGAUA